UGGAUGAGAUCUGAGUGGCGCAGCAGAAUGAGCGCUGAUGCAGUAACGCAGCCGCUGCGCUUUGUGUUGCACCUCUGAGCCGCUUUACGCUCUUUUUCUCACCCUGACAUCUUUCACCAGGCACUUUACAGUCUUUACUAGCGCUCACCCACUGGAAGAGACUUAUUCUUCAUCUUCUUCAUCAUCUACUGGAGCGGGAGCGCGCGCAGAAUGAGGCGGCUGCUCGUGCUCGCGGCGGGAAUCUCAGCGCUCGCGUCGCUGUGUGUAUCAGCGCAGACGCUCGACGCAGACGCAGACGCAGGCGCAGACAGAGCCGCGGAGCAGCCGAGAGCGAACCGAUCGAAGCGGCGCGGAGGCGGCCAGGACGUGCUGAAGGGGCCGAAUGUGUGUGGAUCCCGUCAUCAUGCGUACUGCUGUCCCGGAUGGAAGACCUUGACCGGAGGAAACCAGUGCAUCGUCCCUAUUUGUCGGAGCCCCUGCGGAGACGGCUUCUGCUCCAGACCCAACAUGUGCACCUGUCCGAGCGGCCAGAUCGCUCCCACCUGCGGAUCCAAAUCAGUCCAGAACUGUAACAUCCGCUGCAUGAACGGUGGGACGUGUGCGGAGGACCAGUGUCUGUGUCAGAAGGGAUUCAGUGGAGCUCACUGUGGCCAGCCUGUGUGUGAGUCCGGCUGUCUGAACGGAGGCCGAUGUGUCGCUCCGAACCGCUGUCUGUGUAACUACGGCUUCACUGGAGCUCAGUGUGAGAGAGAUUACAGGACAGGGCCGUGUUUCGCGUCGGUCAGUAACCAGAUGUGUCAGGGUCAGCUGACGGGAAUCGUCUGCACUAAGACACUGUGCUGUGCGACGGUGGGACGGGCCUGGGGUCAUCCGUGUGAGCAGUGUCCAGCACAACCACAUCCCUGCCGCCGCGGCUUCAUUCCCAACCACCGCUCCGGGGCCUGCCAGGAUGUGGACGAGUGCCAGGCCAUUCCUGGACUCUGUCAGGGGGGAAACUGUGUGAAUACCGUGGGCUCAUUUGAGUGCAAAUGCCCUGCUGGACACAAGUUCAACGAAAUCACACAGAAAUGUGAAGAUGUUGACGAGUGCUCUCAGAUCCCGGGUCUGUGCGGUGGAGGUCAGUGCUCUAACACCAUCGGCAGCUUCUUCUGCAGGUGUCCAGUGGGCUUCGACACGGCGCUGGACGGCUCGCGCUGCAUCGACGCUCGGACGGGCUUCUGCUACGCUAACAUCGUGAGCGGGCGCUGUGCUAACCUUCUGCCGCAGCGCUUGUCCAAGAGUCAGUGCUGCUGUGAGAACAGAGGAUGCUGGUCCGGAUCCAGCGUCCCAGAGAUGUGUCCCAUCCGCGGAACCGAUGAGUAUCAGAGACUCUGUCUGUAUAGUCACACAGUUCCUGAUCCAGACCGACCAGAUCCGGUACCACUUCCUGGUCCGAUUCCGAUUCCGGGUCCUCGUCCUCGCCCUGUUCCUGGUCCUGAUUUUCCUGAUUACCCACGAGAUCCGAUACCUUUGCCGCCCACAUAUGUUGACUUUCCCCCAAGCACCAUCAAACCUAUCAUCUUGCCUCAGAACAUCAGCAACAUGUGCGAUGCGUUUCGUAACCUGUGCUUCAAUGGCCGCUGUGUGCCGACGCCAGGCAGCUACCGCUGCGAGUGCAACAUGGGCUACCGGCUGGACGGCCGCGGUGAAUGCAUCGAUGCGAACGAGUGUGAGCGGAGCCCCUGUGUGAAUGGGGAGUGUGUGAACACCCCUGGAUCCUAUUACUGCCAGUGUCCCACUGGAUUCCAGAGCACGGCCACCAGAACCGAGUGCAGAGAUCUGGAUGAGUGUGUGGCCAAUGGUCGCAUCUGUAACAACGGCCGCUGUGUCAACACCGAGGGCAGCUUCCACUGCGUGUGCAACGCUGGCUUCGAGAUCUCAGCGGACGGAAGGAACUGCCAAGACACUGAUGAGUGUGUGAAGAGGAACAUCUGUCUGAACGGCAUGUGCAUCAAUGAGGAUGGCAGCUUCAAGUGCAUCUGCAAACCUGGAUACUUGUUAGAUGGUACUGGCCGAUUCUGUGUGGAUGUGGACGAGUGUGAGGUUCCUGGCAUGUGUAUGAACGGUCACUGCGUCAACACCGAGGGAUCGUUCCGCUGCGAGUGUAUGCCGGGACUCGCCGUGGGGCUCGACGGACGCAUCUGUGUAGACACACACAUGCGCAGCACGUGUUACGGAGGAUACAAGCGCGGUCAGUGCGUGCGACCGUUCUUCGGGGCCGUCACCAAAUCUGAGUGCUGCUGCGCCAGUGUGGAGUACGCCUACGGAGAGCCAUGCCAGCCUUGCCCACCGCUCAACUCAGCUGAGUUUUCGGCUCUCUGCAGUCACGGCCCAGGAACCACGACUGAUGGCAGAGAUAUAAACGAGUGUGCGCUGGAUCCUGAUAUCUGUCAGAACGGUGUGUGUGAGAACAUGCUCCGAACAUACAAGUGUAACUGUAACCUGGGCUUCGAGGUGGAUCUCAGCGGGAAGACCUGCGUGGAUAUGGACGAGUGUGUGAUGAACAGACACCUGUGUGAGAACGGCCUGUGCAGAAACACACCGGGCAGCUUCACCUGCCACUGCCCCAAGGGCUUCACCUUCCAGCCCGAGACAGAGGUGUGUGAAGACGUGGACGAGUGCUCGAGUAACCCGUGUGUGAACGGCGAGUGUAGGAACAGCGCUGGUUCGUUCGCGUGUCUCUGCUCCAUGGGAAGCACUCUGGACAGCUCAGGAACUCUGUGUGUGGAGACCACUAAGGGCAGGUGUUGGCUGAAGGUGGUGAACGGACAGUGUGAGAUUAACAUUAACGGAGCGACGCUGAAGUCUCACUGCUGUGCUACGCUGGGGGCGGGCUGGGGCUCUCCGUGUGCCAAGUGUGAACCAGACCCGUUCUGCUCUAAAGGUUACGCACGAGUGAAGGGGACAGUCUGUGAUGAUGUGAAUGAGUGUGAGGUGUUUCCCGGCGUCUGCAUCAAUGGGAAGUGUGUGAACACGGACGGCUCGUUCAUCUGUCAGUGUCCCAGCGGGAUGACGGUGGACUCCACAGGAAGGACCUGCGUUGACCUGCGUACAGAGCUGUGUUACCUCACACACGUGGACGAGCGCUGCGGCGCUCCGAUCUCAGGCCGGCAUCGUGUGGACGCCUGCUGCUGCUCCGUGGGCGUGGCCUGGGGCCCGGAGUGUGACGAGUGUCCGGAGAAAGGAACGCCGGAAUACACCCUGCUCUGCCCUCGGCCCGGAUUCUCCCACCGCGGAGACUUCAUCAACGGGAAGCCCUUCCUGAAAGAUAUAAACGAGUGUAAGAUGAUCCACAGCUUGUGCACGAACGGACGCUGCAGGAACACCAUCGGAAGCUUUCGCUGCAGGUGCGACAGCGGCUUCGCUCUGGACUCUGAUGAGAGAAACUGCACAGAUAUCGACGAGUGCCACAUCUCUCCAGAUCUCUGCGGUCAUGGCACGUGUGUGAACACAGCUGGUGAUUUCCGCUGCGAUUGUUUCACUGGAUACGAGAGCGGCUUCAUGAUGAUGAAGAACUGCAUGGACAUCGAUGAGUGUGAGCGCAACCCUUUGCUCUGCAGAGGAGGAGAAUGCAUCAACACUGAGGGGAGCUUCAGCUGCGAGUGUCCAGAGGGCCACGAGAUCACUCCUGACGGCUCCGCCUGCCUGGAUAUCAAUGAGUGUGAGCUGAGUGACAAGCUGUGCAGGAACGGUCAGUGUGUGAACAUGAUCGGACGCUAUCAGUGCUCCUGCAACACCGGCUACAAAUCCACCGAAGACAGACUCUCGUGCGUGGAUAUCGAUGAAUGCACCAUUGAGAACGGCGGCUGUGAGACGUUCUGCACCAAUUCAGAGGGAAGUUACGAGUGCAGCUGUCGCCGUGGUUACGCCCUCAUGCCUGACCUCAGGAGCUGCACAGAUAUUGAUGAGUGUGAGGACAGUCCUAACAUCUGUCACGGCGGUCAGUGCACAAACAUCCCCGGGGAGUUCCAGUGCCUGUGUUUUGACGGCUACAUGUCAUCUGAGGAUAUGAAAUCAUGUCUGGAUGUGAACGAGUGUGAGCUGAAUCCUAACAUCUGCCUGAGCGGGAAGUGUGAAAACACCAAGGGCUCGUUCAUCUGCCACUGUGACCUCGGCUUCUCUGUCAGGAAAGGGGCGACCGGCUGUACAGAUAUUAACGAGUGUGAGAUCAGCGCUCAUAACUGCGACCGACAUGCAAGCUGUACGAACACCGCUGGCAGCUUCAGAUGCAGCUGCUCUCCGGGAUGGAUCGGGAAUGGGAUCGAAUGCAAAGAUCUGGACGAGUGUUCUAAUGGGACGCACAUGUGCAGCCCCAGCGCAGACUGCAUGAACACCAUGGGCUCCUACCGCUGCCUCUGCAAAGAGGGAUUCGCUGGAGACGGCUUCUACUGCACCGACACGGAUGAGUGUACAGAGAACGUGAAUCUGUGUGAGAACGGACACUGUCUGAACAUCGGGGGUGGAUACCGCUGUGAGUGUGACAUGGGCUUCAUCCCCACCGCAGACGGGAAGGCAUGUGAAGACAUAGAUGAGUGCACGUUUGCAGACAUCUGUGUGAACGGCCGCUGCCGCAACAUCCCGGGUCUGUUCAGAUGCCUGUGUGACUCCGGGUACGAGCUGGACCACAGCGGAGGAAACUGCACAGAUGUGAACGAGUGCAGUGACCCCACCACCUGCAUCAGCGGCCUGUGUCUGAACACACUGGGCAGUUACUUCUGCAGCUGUCCGCCGGGCUUCGAGCUCAACCCCACCGGAGUCGGCUGUGUCGACACUCGCUCUGGAGACUGCUAUCUGGAGGUGCGACGCCGCGGCGAUGGCUCUGACAGUCUGUUCUGCUCGACUGAGAUCGGUGUGGGUGUGUCCAAAGCAUCCUGCUGCUGCUCUCUGGGUCAGGCCUGGGGGUCACCCUGUGAAGCCUGUCCAUCGCUCAAGACCUCGGAGUACAGGGCUUUGUGUCCUGGAGGAGAAGGAUUCCGACCCAAUCCCAUCACCGUGAUACUGGAGGAUAUCAACGAGUGUCAGGAGCUGCCUGGUCUGUGUCAGGGAGGACACUGCAUCAACACGUUUGGCAGCUUUCACUGUGAAUGUCCGAAAGGUUUUGCCCUCAGUGAAGAAACCAGGAUCUGUGAAGAUGUGAAUGAGUGUGAGCGUCCUGGCAUCUGUGGUCCGGGUCAGUGUUACAACACCAUCGGGAACUACACCUGCAUCUGCCCUCCGGAGUACAUGCAGAUCAACGGAGGAAACAACUGCAUGGACAUGAGGAAGAGCUUGUGCUACAGGAACUACUACUCUGAUAACGCCACAUGUGACGGAGAGCUGACCUACAACAUGACCAAGAAGUUCUGCUGCUGCUCGUAUAACAUCGGCCGGGCCUGGAACAAACCCUGCGAGAAGUGUCCCGUCCCCAGCACCAAUGAGUUCGCUGUGCUGUGUGGAAGUGAGAUACCUGGAUAUUUCAUUGACAUUUACACCGGACGAGUCAUUGACAUCGACGAGUGCCGUGAGAUUCCCGGUGUGUGUGAGAAUGGUGUGUGUAUCAACAUGAUCGGCAGUUUCCGCUGUGAAUGUCCCAUGGGUUUCGUCUAUAAUGACAAGCUGCUGAUCUGUGAGGAUAUCGACGAGUGUCAGAACGGCCCGGUGUGUCAGCAGAACGCCGUCUGUCUGAACGUUCCUGGAAGUUUCCGAUGCGAGUGCAAUACCGGAUACCGGCAAACUCCCACCCAGCAGUGUGUCGAUCGUAACGAGUGUGUUGAGAACCCAAACAUCUGCAGUCCGGGUCAGUGUAUUGACAUGGUGGGUAGUUACCGCUGCAUCUGCCCCAACGGCUUCAGAUCCACACCAGACCUGUGUAUCGAUGUGGACGAGUGUGAGCGUCAGCCGUGUGGAAACGGAACCUGUAAGAACACUGUGGGCUCCUACAACUGUCUGUGUUACCCAGGAUUCCAGCUGUCACACAACAACGACUGCAUCGACACAGAUGAGUGUGUGUCGCUCCGGGGCUUGUGUCGGAACGGAAACUGCAUCAACACGGUGGGCUCGUUUGUGUGUGUGUGUCUGGACGGGUAUAAACUCUCUCCUGAUGGCCGGAUGUGUGUGGACAUCAACGAGUGUUUGAUCAGCCCUGGCACCUGCGGCCCAGGAACCUGUCAGAAUCUGGACGGCUCCUACAGGUGCAUCUGUCCUCCUGGAUACUUCCUGCAGAACGACAGGUGUGAAGACAUCAACGAAUGCUCUCAGACGGCAGAGAUCUGCAUCUUUGGCAAGUGUGUGAACACGCCGGGCAGCUUCAGGUGCGAUUGUCCCGAGGGAUUCCAGCUGUCCUCGACCGGAAAGAGAUGUGUGGAUAUUCGUGUGAGUUAUUGUUACACUAAGUUUGAGAACAGACGCUGUCAGGCUCCGAAGCCCUUCAACACAACCAAAGCCUCCUGCUGCUGCAGCGUGAUGCCGGGUCAGGGAUGGGGCGACCCCUGUGAGAUCUGCCCCGCUCCGGAGGAGGAGGCGUACAAAAUUCUGUGUCCUGCUUCUGGUAAAAUCAACACUGUAGACGAGACGACUGUGGAUGUGGACGAGUGUUCAGAGAACCCCGGCAUCUGCAGGAACGGCCACUGCAUCAACACAGACGGCACGUUCCGCUGCGAAUGCCCCUUCGGAUACCGGCUCGACUACACGGGCAUCAACUGUGAAGACACGAACGAGUGUGAGCUGGGGAACCCGUGUGGGAACGGCACCUGCACAAAUGUGGAAGGAGCGUUUGAGUGCAGCUGUGACGAGGGGUUCGAGCCCGGACCCAUGAUGACCUGUGAAGAUAUCAACGAGUGUUCCCAGAAUCCUCUGCUGUGUGCGUUCCGCUGUGUUAACACGGUGGGAUCGUACGAAUGCAAAUGUCCAGCGGGAUACGUUCUGAGGGAAGACCGCCGGAUGUGCAAAGAUCAGAACGAGUGUGAGGAGGGUCUGGACGACUGUGCGUCCAGAGGAAUGACCUGUAAGAAUCUGAUCGGCACGUACAUGUGCAUCUGCUCGCCGGGAUACACCAGACAGCCCAACGGAGACAGCUGCGUGGAUCUGAACGAAUGCACGGCUAAACCAGGCAUCUGUGAGAACGGCCGCUGCGAGAACACGGUGGGCAGUUACCGCUGCGUCUGCGAUCAGGGCUUCAGUCCCAGUCCCAGCAGAACCGAGUGCAUCGAUAACCGUCAGGGCUUCUGCUUCCUGGAGGUUCUGCAGACCAUGUGUCAGAUGAGUUCCAGCAGUCGAGUCAGUGUCAGGAAGUCCGAGUGCUGUUGUGAUGGGGGCCGUGGCUGGGGGCCCAACUGUGAACUCUGCCCGCUGCCCGGGACCACGCAGUACAAGAAGAUGUGUCCGCUGGGCCCCGGAUACACCACCGACGGACAGGAUAUCGACGAGUGUAAGGUGAUGGGGAACCUGUGUAAGAACGGACAGUGUCUGAACACACUGGGCUCCUUCAGCUGCAUCUGUAAACCAGGAUACACCACUGACCUCAGCAGCACACAGUGUGUAGAUGUAGAUGAGUGUGUUCAGGCUCCUAAACCCUGUAACUUCAUCUGUAAGAACACGGAGGGCGGGUACCUGUGCUCCUGCCCGCGAGGAUACGUGCUGCAGGACGAUGCCAAGAGCUGCCGGGAUCUGGAUGAAUGCACCACCAAACAACACAACUGUCAGUUCCUGUGUGUCAACACGAUCGGAGGAUUCACCUGCAAAUGCCCACCAGGAUUCACACAACACCACACGGCCUGCAUCGAUAAAAACGAGUGUAACACUGAACCGGGUCUCUGCGGUCCGAACGGAGUGUGUCAGAACAGCCCCGGCAGCUUCAACUGUGAGUGUCAGAGAGGAUUCUCCCUCGACCCCAACGGACAGCACUGUGAAGACAUGGACGAGUGUGUGGGGAAUCAUCGCUGUCAGCAUGGCUGUCAGAAUCUGGUGGGCGGCUACAGAUGCAGCUGUCCGCAGGGAUACCUGCAGCACUACCAGUGGAACCAGUGCGUCGAUGAGAACGAAUGCCAGAACAGUCAGAUAUGUGGCGGCGCCUCAUGUCACAACACUCUGGGCAGUUUCCGCUGUCUGUGUCCGACGGGCUUCUCCUUCGAGCAGCUGACUGGAGGCUGUCAGGACGUCAACGAGUGCAGCUCGUCACAGAACCCCUGCAGCUUCGGCUGCUCCAACACCGACGGAGGAUACCUGUGUGGCUGCCCACCUGGAUACCUGCGCGCUGGACAGGGGCACUGUCUGUCCGGUGCGGGGCUGUCUGCCGGUGGAUCUCCUCUGUCUCCUGCUGCUGAUGGAGAUGAGAACGCUCUCUCUCCUGAGGCCUGCUACGAGUGUAAGAUCAACGGCUAUCCGAAGAAGGGCCGCAAACGCAGGAACGCCAACGGAACCGAGGAGCUGCAGAACGAUCUGGACUGGGUCAGUCUGGCCAGUGUAGAUGUGGACCACACGCUGCAGAUGCGUCUGAACAUCAGCACACUGAAGAGCAAAGACCACAUCAUCGACUUCCUGCCGGCGCUGUCCACGCUCGCUAACCACGUGCGCUACACCAUCGACUACGGCAACGACGACGGCCUGUUCCGCAUGAACCAGAAGGACGGCGUCAGCUACCUGCACAUAUCCAAGAAGAAAGCUCUGCAGCCGGGAACGUAUUAUUUACAAAUCCACAGCGUGCCGCAGAACGGCGGCCCAGAGCGGCCCGACACAGACUACCUCAGCGAGCAGCGAGGAGACGCUCUGAACAUCAGCGUCCAGAUCGUCCUGCACUGACGGACACUCGGAGACCGCAGCAGCCUCGCCCAAAGAGCAGCACGCACCACAUCAUACGCUCACAUCACACAUUACUGGGGUUGGGCAUCGUCUGAAUCCUAUCAAUUCUCAUUCUGCUCAUCGAUUCACAGUUUCCAAUCCAACGUGGUUAAAAAAAUCAAGUCAAA